AUGGGAAGGACCCACAUGGGAAGACUCCAGGUGGCAAGCCCAGACAACGCAGGGGCACAUCUGGGGAAGGGCAGGGCCAGGCCCUGGGGAGACCCCAAGAGGACGGGUGGUCACCACUCUUCUGAGAAGACCCAGAUGACAGAGGAGCAGGUAACAGCCAUCCGACAGCUGGCAAACGACUCAGUUGUGGAGGAGGUAACCAACUCCUUGGCUCCAUUUGUAACCAGCUCCGUCGGUCAACCUGUAAUGAAUGUUGUGGCUCAACUUGUAAACAACUCUGUCGGUCAACCUCAACCUUUAACGGACUCUAUGGGUCAACCUUUAACGAACUCUAUGGGUCAGAAGUUAACGUACACUGUGGUUAAACUGGUGACCAAGUCUGUGGUUCAACCAGUAACAAACUCUGUGGUUCAACCUAUAAUGAAGUCUGUGGUUGAGCAUGUUACUGAUUCAGAGAUGGAGCAGGAGAAUGGUUGUGGUUUAGACAAACAGCCGGUAACCGACUCUAACACGGAGGUCAUGAAGCAGCCCCAGGCUGGUGACGCAGCUGUCUCCCUUUCCAACGGUACAUCUGCUGUGACCAACGAGGAACCAACAGACUGUAGCGCCCCUAUGGAGGUGGAACCAUCAGCCACAGCCUGUGUUUCCUCAGGCAUUAUGUUAUGCAGCACCCUCCACCCCUUCGCUCUGUGGGACCACAGAGAUUACUGUGAGGUGGGAGUGUGGGCUCCAAGCACUGAGCCAGAGGACGACUGUGUCUCAAAUCCAGCACAGCAACCCAACCCUGAAGACAUCCAUGAAGUAAUCAUAGACCUUAUACAUGAGUUCCUGGCGUUCUUUAUGUGA